CACAUGUCGAAAAGUAUAUUUAUUACUCUUUUUACAAGCUAAAAGCUCAAGUGGAGCGAUCUAUGGGCUUCUUGCAGUUUACCAACACGACAAUGGCCGAAUUGUCCGUAUAGGAUAUUUUUUAUUGGCCCAUACAUCCCAACCUGCCAUGUCUUUGGUUUUAAAAAUGGCGUAUACAAGCUUUUUGUUUGCCGGUUUACGCUGUUGAAUACUUUCCAAGACCUCGCGUGUACUCAAUCGAGUCGUAAACGUCGUGAAUAUGAAAUUUAACUACAUGUGUAGGUAUAUAAUCAACACUGUGGACCCCGUGAACGAAUUUUCGUAGCGUUAUGGUGAAUUAGAAUGGUGCCUGUGGCUUGUCAAUCUCGCACGUCGUCAGGUUACCCUUUCGUAACGUAAAUACACCCAGUAAGCGUUUUGUAUUUCAGAUAUGACAGCGUCGCAAAAUAGUAGAUAAUGGAGAGCUCAGAAGAUGAUGCGGGCACCGCGACUGGCGCUUCCCGCCGUGCAUCGGCGCGGGAAAGGGACAUCGGACAGGCGGAGGACUACAACGCAACUGGUAGUACGCUGCAGGAACCGACCGAAGCGCGGGCCUCGUGCAGGACGCCCGCGAUGUCCGAGGACAACUUUGACGGCGACAGCGUACCAUCGCCGUCGGGUCAGGACGUCAACACUAGCACGGAAGCGAUUCUGGACAUGAUCGACGAGUUCGUCGACGGCCCGAGUGCACCGAAACGACUUCCUCUGUCGUCCGCCGAAGACACUUCGGAGAGUGAAUGCGUCAAGACUGACGACGAAACCAUCACACAGGAAGCGCCCGCGAGUGCUCCCGAGGAGGAGCCCCCGCCUCCCCCGACCGCGUCCGACGCCACAAGUGCCAAAAGUGACCCCGACCGCGACGCGAGUGAACCAGUCGUGCAAUCCGAGUGUACUGCUCCCAGUAAUGUUUCAUUGGAUGUUGUAAACACUGAUUCUGUGGAACCACAACAAGAAUGUUCCAAGUCUGUUUGUGAUACAAAUGAUGAUUCUUCAUCAGUAGAGAACCGACUGGAACCUUGUGGUGACUCUGAAGUGCCGCAGGAGCCUAGUGUAGAGCCCGAAGCGCCCUUGGAACCGUGUGUGGAGCCAGAAGCAUCAUUAGAACCUUGUGAGAGAUCUAAUGCACCUAGUGAGUGUCCACCCCAAAAUAUUCCUUCCAGCAGUUUAUCAGAGACUGUGCAGAAUGUUUCUGAACCGAGUGAGUGCGAGAUACGAGAACGGACAGUGAAAUGUGUGACAUCAAGUGACUCUCGGAAUGAUGUAACUAUAGAAAGUGCAGAAUCAACGUCAAGUGACAUUAGUUUAAGUGAAGAGAAAGUUAGUGGUGCAGAACAAUCCACGCGAUCCCCGCUGCGGAGGCGCCUCGUGCGCCCUGCCCCUGUGGACCGCCGGCCAGACUCAACGGUGUCCUCUACUGUAGAUAUUCACACUACUCAGCAGUCGAGCUGUGAGAGCCUCGCUAAGGAUGUCUCCAGCUCUUCUGAUGCGGUGCCCUCUGUACAUGGUAAUGUUAAGCUUGAAGAGAUUAGAAAUGUAAGUGAAAUAAGUGUCUGCAAAGCAGAAACUUCUGUAAGUCCUACUAAAAAAAUUAAACUUGUUAGACAAAAGGUCAAUGCCCCUACAGUAAGCAGAGAAACAUCUCGAGAGAAUCAGAAUGUUCAGGUGGAGCCGGAGCAGUGUCAGUCAACAUCCAGUGACACCCCUUCAUCUUACCCUGUCCAACCAUGUCCUAAUUUGAAUUCAAAUAGUGCUUUGAGAGCAUUAAUUGAACAAAAAAUUGAACCAAAUAGCUCACUUGUUCAAGAAGUUGAUGACCAGAUACCCACGAAAUCUUCUAAUGAUGAUACCCCUGUACAAAAGAGUGAAGAUAGUAGUAAUGAAAGCCCAAAGGAAGAAUUUUCAGGGGAGAUGGCAAGAGUUGAGGAUGAAAGGAAAGUGUCACCUCUAAAAAUAGAUUUGAGUACCUGUAAAACAUUUUGUGAUGCUGAGACGGAGAACAAAGUAGAUGGUCAAGGCAGUUCUAGCACUAAUGAACAUGCUCAUGAUGAGCCCAUAUCUCCAAGACAGGUCCCUAAACUGACUAUUAAAUUAGGAAAUAAACAAACAGAGGAAAGAAAGUCUCCUGUUCCAAAACUUACAAUUAAGCCUAUUAAACCCCCUCCAGAUAAUAUUGAAAGUGGCAUGCAGAUUCCAAAUGUGACAAAGCUGAAUAUCAAGCCCAUUUUGAAGCCCACGGAAAUGUUGAGUACUAACUCCCAAAUCAGUGAAACCAAGGCUGACAGUAGUGAACAAAUACCAAACAUAACGAAACUGAACAUCAAACCCAUCCCUAGACCCCCUGAAAAGAUAAAUGAUAUACAUCGCAAGUCCAGCAGUAGUGAAAUAUCAGAAUCAGAAUACUCAGAAAAUGAUGACAGUGCAAGUACGUCUGACCAAGCAUCUGCAUCAGAUCAGGGACCACCUGAUGUAGUCCCCAAGGUUACUAUUAAGCUAGGAAAACCUGGCACAGAAUCUGAAGGAAAAUUCUAUGCAGAGAAAAAUCUUCCAAAAUUAACAAUAAAAGGAAUACAACAAAAUGAAAAAGAUGACCCUGAAUCACCAUCAAAGUUAACUUUGGUGAUAAGUCAACCCGAGGACAAAAAUUUUGAAAAAGUUCCCAAAUUGACUAUUAAAACUGUGACUAAAUCUGAGGGUCAACCUCUCAGCCCAAAGCUUACAAUUAAGCCCUUGAAACCACCAGACAAUAUUAGCAAAGAACUUGCAUGUACUGCUGAACUUGACCCUCCACAGAUUCCCAAACUUAAGAUUUCCACUGAGUGUUUUACAGCAACAUGCACAGAAGUCAAAGACAAUGUACAUGUUCCUAAAAUCACAAUAAAACCUGUCCAGAAACCAGAUACUGAACCCAAAACUAACAGAAAGUCAAAUGUUUGUGACAAUGAAGAACAUAUCCCCCAAGUUACAAAAUUAAAUAUAAAACCUAUUUUGAAACCUACAGAUAUUGGUGAACCCUCAGAAGGGCUGGAAGAUAAAGUUCCUGUAGUUUCAAAAUUGAAUAUUAAACCUAUAGUAAAGCCUAAAGAUAAUGAUGUAGAUUCUAGCAUGUAUGAUGUACCUAAAAUAACGAAAUUGAAUAUUAAACCUUUGAAGAAUCCUGAAGAAGACUCUUUAGAAGAAAAAGACUGUGAUGAAUUGAAUGCGGACAGAGAGGAAAAUAGUAUACCUGUUGUAUCUAAACUUAAUAUUAAGCCUAUUGUUAAGCCAGCUGAGGAAGAUACUUCGAAAGAUUCGGAGAAUCAAUCUUCAGAAACCGGGAAUUCCAGUGAUGAGAACAAUGAUCACAUACCUGUUGUUACUAAAAUAAAUAUUAAACCAAUUCUUAAACCAAAUGAAUCAUCAGUGGGGUCACCUAAACAUAAAACAUCAAAUGAAGACUCUACACCUAUUGUAACUAAACUCAAUAUCAAGCCAUUAAUUAAGCCAGAAGAAAGUAUUUCGCCUUCAUCUCCCAAGAAAGAAAAUUUGAAAAAUGUAGAUACAAAAAAUUCUAACAUACCUGUUGUUACAAAAUUGAAUAUUAAACCUGUUGUUAAGCCUGAAGAUAUAGAUGUACAUAAAAGUAGAGAAGAAAAUGAAGAUAAAAUUGUAAAAAAUCCACCCUUAGUUAUGAAAAUAAAUAUGAAAGCUGUUACUGAUUCUUCUUUGAAUGAAAGUUGUAACACUGAUAGGAACAUAAAUAAUGUUGAUGAUGGUGACCAUGUUCACAAUAACAUAGGUGAGGACAUGCCUGUAAUGAAACUAAACAUUAAACCUGUAAUGAAACCUGACAGCCCUAAACAAAAGGCUGAGAAUAUUGAUGGCGAGAGAAAUGCCGUUAGUUCUGGUUCAUCUAAACAAGAAAACGAGAGCCAUUUACAUCAUAAUGAAAUAAGGCAAAAUUGUGUACAAGAAUUGGAAAAGAGUAGUACUGAAAGUGGUCACUGUUUGUUAAAAGAGUUGAUACAUUCAAAUUCAGAUAAUAAGCCAGUCAAAACAGGAAGUUCAACUUCAGAGACUGCAACAUCCAAACAUGAUGAUUCAAGAGUAUCUCCUAGCCUGGUUCAAGGUACUGAGAUAAGUUUAAGUUCAGAUCAUGUUACCACUAAUGCAGGGUUGAACACAGAAGUAAAUGCUGUCAGGCCAACGAACAGACAAGUAAGCUCUGUGAGAAACUGCACAUUGCUCAAGAAGCUUUUGGAGAGUACUGAAUGUAUAAGUGAAAAAUCAAAUGAUUCUCAUACAAUCAUCAGUCAUAAUUCUCCAAUUUGCAAAGAAACUUUGAAUUAUGAACAGUUUGAUUCUGGGCACAGUAGCAUGGAAAAAGUAAAUGACAUUGCAAAUGAUAGCCCAAAGACCCGAAGCCCCAGUCCAGAUAAAGUGAAUGAUGUAAAUACUCCACAAAUUAGUUUAAAAAUUCGUCCAAUCCAAGAGCUUUGUAAAGAAGCCAAUGAAAAUGUAACAAAACCAUUAGAAAUCAAUGUAUCUGAAAAGCUGUCUAAUCAAAGUUCAGGUCAAGAUUCUCCUAGAAUAAUACUGAAGAUAAAUAAGACUGAUCACGGAGCCUCAGCUAAAAUAAUAACUGAGGAGGUGAACAAAGGUGACACCCUGCAGCAGAGCUACAAAUCUGAAAAUGCAGUAGAGGUCAACGACAAGCCAAGUCCGAGGAAGAAUGUCGUGAACAGGCGAAAGCAGGCGGUGGACAACAGUCCCACUAUGGCGUUGGGUAAGCGAUUGAGAAGCUCUAGGAUCGUGGAGAACGCCGAGAAGUCCCCAAUAAUAAAACGAAUUAUGGGCAAGAGGCCGCCGACGAGUGACGCCAGCACACCAAACAAAGAAUCUGAACUGACGGUACUCGAGAGUAAGAGACUUAAACUGGGUCAACUGUUGUCAAAUAAGUCCUUAACAAUCACCCCCGUUAUCAAAAAGUCGCCGGAGGCGAAACCAUUGGAAAUCAAACCAGGCAAGGUGGCCAACCACACUAUUGUGAAUAACGAGAAUUGUUCGAAAAACGGCAAUUCUAAGCUGCACAAUAUCCUGUCGAACCUGCAGGCGAAUCAGAUCCAGGUGUUGCCGUUUAACGAUAUCAAUCGUUUGGAUAAGGGCGUGAUAGCGACCGAGGUGGAGUCGAACACGUCUACGGGUAGUUCGGACGUGAUAGAGAUGUUACGGGUGGAUAAUUGUGAGGAGAUGAUGAUCGCGGAGAAUUCUGAUUUCCGGGAUUAUAUGGGUGGGGAUGAGGUGUCGCAGGAUCCGUUAGAGAUUGAGACUCCUAAGACGGACGGCGAGAGUUUGAAUGAGGCGUUGAGCAUUCCGCCGGCGGAGUCGACGCCGCAGCCGAAGAAGCGCGGGCGGCCGCGGAAGCUGCCGCUGGUGGUGACAGACAUCCCCAAGCCCGUCGUGCUGCCCGUGCCGGCUCUGGAGGAGCGCCCGCAGCGGUCGCUUCGGCUGUCCAGGGACCGCCCGACGAUACUAGCCAAGCCUCGCGGGCGCGGUCGCGGGCGAGGCAGGGGCCGCGGGCGCGGCGACAGCACGCCGUCCGAGCGGCGGGAACCGGCGUCCACGCCGGAAGACACGCCGGAACCGCCGGUGGAGCGCACGCCGGAACCCGCCUCCACGCCGGAACCGCUAGACCCUACCAGCUCGCGCGUCAAGCUGCCGCGGAUGACGGAAGCAUUGGAUAGGCUGCCGGCGUCGUGUGCAACGCCACUGUCUUCAAGGCACAGCACUGACCACUUCGAUGGGCCUGAAUUGCUCUUAUCACCUCUAUUACAUAAGGUGGUGCUAGACUCCCCCAUCAAGAUAGAGGACAGCGAGUCCCGCUCCCGCGGCGGCAGCGGCGGCGGGCGCGGGGCCCGCGGGCGGGGACGCGGCGGCCGCACGCCGGGCAAGUCGCCCCGGGGGCGCGGCCGCGGGCGCGGCGGCGGCAGGGGCGCUAUGUACAUGAAGGAGACGAUGGGCAUCUACGGGCGCGUGUGCGGGCCGGCCACGACCACGGUGCAGCUGUUCGAGGAGGAGACCUGCAUGAUGGACGACAACGCCACGCCCGCCAAGCCCACACAUUUACUUGACGAAGACUCGCAGAGCUCGGUUCAAAGCUCCACGAAUGAGAGCAACAUGAAAACGAAGAAAUCUAAAUUCGCAGAUCUGUUUGACAGUAACAAUGAAUGGACUGCGGCAGACGUCAAGGAGUACAUUUGGCCUCCUGCCGAUAAACCAGAUGAAAAUUCAAAGGUGAUGAUGAUCCAGGAGCAAGUGGCGAUGUUCCUGGGCGUGAAAGGCUUCCGCAAGCGCUACCCCGAGCUACAGCGCCGCGCCAUAACCGGGCCCGAGCGCGACCACGUCAUCGCGCUGGGGCUUGUGCGUGACGCGCUCGCCGAACGCGGCCUGACCGCAGUAGACGCGAGCGAAGUGCUCGACAUAAUGCUGUCGGACUACCCGCACAAGUACGAGGAGUUCCGAGCGCACCAGCGACACAAGCAGCGCGACGCCGAGGAGCGGCCCGAGCCGAAGCCCGAGCCGAAACCCGAGCCGAAACACGAGCCGCCCAAACCCGACCCGGAGAAGACCAGACAGGACCUAGCAGCGGCAGCGAUAGCGUCGGCGGCCGAAUGGAACGCGCGCCUCAACGUGAUCCGGCGACCCGCCUGCGCCGACCUGCAGAGCAUGGCGCUCCACACGCGCCGCCCCCCGCGCGCGCCCGCGCCCGCCCGCCCGCCCGCCGGCCUCUACCCGCACGCGCUGCUGCCCGGCCAGUACCAGCACUCCUACCGCGCCUACACCGCCGCGCAGCUCAGGUACUUCCCUUUGAACACGGCGCUGGAGGCGCCGCCCGCGCCGCCGGCGCCCGACACGUCGUCCGACUCCGAGCCCGACUCCGAGCGCUCAGACUGCAGCCAAGACUCCGAACCACAGCCCGCCAAGCGGAAAAAGCUGACGAAAGUGAAGCGGAGCAACAGCCAAGCGGAGAGCGGGCGCUCGCGCUCCGCCAGCCGCGACGACGCCGACACCUGCCGCGCCUGCAAGCGCACGCUCGAGGCCAACCGCAAGCACACGCACGAGCGCUUCCUCGUCUGCACCGUCUGCAGCGCCAAGCUGCAUCCGGGCUGCACGGAGCUGAGCGCGGACACUGUGCGCAAGUGCCGCGAGUACGCGUGGGCCUGCAGCGGCUGCAAGCGCUGCGGCGCCUGCGCACAGCCCGGCGCACUGCUGUGCUGCUCGCUGUGCGACCGCGGCUACCACGCCGCCUGCGCGCCCGCCGCCGCCUCCUCGCAAGGGCGCUGGUACUGCGUGGAGUGCGCCGUGUGCCGGUCGUGCGGGUCGCGCGACGCGGGCGGGCCCGAGUGGCACCCGCAGACGCGGCGCGGGCCGGGCGGCCACAAGGUGUACUCGCACUCGCUGUGCACGCCGUGCGCCAGGGCGUAUCGCAUCGGUCGCUACUGCCCGCUGUGCGAGCGCUCCUUCAUCGGCCCCAAGGGGACAAUGCAGCUCGUCAUUUGUAAACUCUGCGAUAGGCAACUGCAUCAAGAAUGCGUUAGGCAGACGGUGUCGGCGCUGAACGUGCUGGACUACACGUGCGGCGAGUGCCGGCGCGGCGGCAUCACGUCGCGCGCCGCCGCUGUGCGUCUGGCGCCACGAACCAUCGCCACGCUGUUCAUGGCCAAGCGCCGCUUCAACAAGUACGCGCACCGCCAGUACCUGGCAUCGCGCCGCCGGCCCCACGCCGACGCCGACGCCGACCCCGCGCCCGACGCCGACGCCGACGCCGACGCCGACUGAUGCCGCGCGCUACGUGACGCCCCGCUGUAUCAUAACCACCCUCCCCCCUGUAUUAUAUCUAGCCGUUGUUAGCUCGUAACUCUUAUUCGCUUCGGUAAUACGGUAAGGUUGCAGACAUCUGAUUAAUAUAAUAACCGGUAGGCUAUAUGUAAGUUGUCGGAUAGUGGGGAUCCUAGCAGUGUUUCGCUCUCGCCGCGAGCGUAGAUAGAUGCGUAGACGCAGGUCGCGUGUGAACUGUACAGUAACUUAAUACUAACUUCACUAUAUGGGUAGCUGGGCAAUUCACUAUGUUUAAUAUUAAUAUUAUUGUUUUUCUAAGUGUCCGAGACGAAUCGUGUGUUGUGUACGGCGAACGUUGUUAUUUAUGUUGGAGGAGUGCGGACUUCGGACGCGUCAGUGAGUGAACGGUGAGAAAGUGCUGACGUUGUGCAUGUACGGAACCGUGCAGAUCGGGACUUCACCAAACUGGAAAAUAAAAAUGUAUAAACAAAAAACAUCUGCCUUUCAAUGCAUUUGAUUUUGUUUCGAAAUUGUUUGUUACUCAGAAAUUGGCGAUUUGCAGUCGUUAAGACAGUGCGCAUUUUGUUUUCGAUGUAGAUUAAAAUAGUGUAUUGUUAAUUUUUGCUUAAUAAGGUAUUUAUUUUAGUUAUACUUUUGUAUGGAUACGACAGUAUACAAUCGUUUGUCUCCUACUACUGGCCGGGCCGCGGCGUCGCCCGGUGCAUCCGAGUGAAGCCUGAUAUGAAUUUACUUAUGAGUUGGAUAUAAUUUUAUCGUGAAGUUUCCCCCUAAUACACAAUUUAUUAAAAUUGUUGAUUUAUUAUGCUACAUAUAUAGAUUACUUUAAGAUUUUUUUCGUUUUUGUAGUUUAAUUGUAUGAAUGAAAUUCAGCAGCUCUUCUAUCAAAGUGAUUUUCUUACUUAAUUUCAAAGUACAAAGUAAAUAGGCUACCUUUAUUCGCUAAUUUACUCACUUUCGUUCUGGAAAGCAUAUGUCCCAAUGAAUAUAGAUUUAUUAUAGAAAAAAGAUCAAAUAAAUUAUUUAACACAGAGUAUAUUAUGUUUAUUUCAUGAUGAUAUAAAACUAUUUAUUUACGAAGAUAGUAUUAUAAACGAUAUAGCCUCGGGUCGUAUCGGUUUCCAGGGCGAACGGUUUGCAUGUCGGCCCAUUUCCUCCACUGCUGUGCAAUUGGCAACGUGUGCGUGUCGUAGCGCUGGUGAGCGCAAGUGUGGAUCGGUAACUGCAUCGAAUACUGAUUACUUGUAAUGUAUCAUGUUUAGUUUAUAAUUAUGCUUUGGUUAUUAUUAAUCAUAAUUUACUUAGUGACAAUUUAUAAGGUAAAAUUUUAUGUCCACAAAUUGUUUAAAUCAUGUUAUAACUUUUAUACGAUGUACACAACUGUCUGGCGCGUCUCACGCGCCGUGAUUCGCAUUGCUUUAUUGACACAGGUGAAUUAUUAAGACUUACUUGUAAGAGAAUAAUGAUAACUUUAUGUCUACUUAAUGCAAGUGUAAACGUUCUAGAAAUCUCGCACUGUUCGGUCAAUUUUGUAAAAAAAUAAAAUAAAUUUAAUUUGAA